AGAUGCUACGCUGCUACGUGCGCUGCGCAUGCGCCGUUGAGCAGAUAGUUCAUGUGUUGCACGUCGUGUCCGGUGGAGGUCACAGACAUCUGAGGUUGCUGUCAUGGCCAAGCUGUUUGAGUCUAUUGGGAAGUUGGGGCUGGCUCUCGCCAUUGGUGGAGGUGUGGUGAACUCUGCACUCUUCAAUGUUGAUGCGGGGCACCGGGCUGUGAUAUUUGACCGGUUCAGAGGAGUGCAAGAUGUUGUUGUUGGUGAAGGGACCCACUUCCUCAUUCCCUGGGUUCAGAAACCUAUCAUCUUUGAUUGCCGCUCCCGUCCACGCAACGUGCCUGUCAUCACAGGCAGCAAAGAUCUGCAGAAUGUAAACAUCACACUGCGUAUCCUCUUCCGGCCGGUGACCGGACAGCUGCCGCGCAUCUUCACCAGUAUCGGUGAAGACUAUGACGAGAGGGUGCUGCCAUCCAUCACCACAGAGGUCUUAAAGGCUGUAGUAGCUCGGUUUGACGCUGGUGAGCUCAUCACCCAGAGAGAGCUUGUGUCUCGGCAAGUUAGUGAGGACCUUACAGAAAGAGCCAACACCUUCGGCCUCAUCUUGGAUGACGUUUCACUGACACACUUGACCUUUGGCAAGGAAUUCACAGAGGCUGUUGAGAUGAAGCAGGUGGCCCAGCAGGAAGCUGAAAGGGCCCGAUUUGUUGUAGAAAAGGCAGAGCAACAGAAGCAGGCGGCAAUCAUCUCCGCAGAGGGAGAUUCCCAGGCUGCCUUGCUCAUCGCCAACUCCCUAAUGGAGGCUGGUGAUGGUCUGGUAGAGCUACGUAAGCUGGAGGCAGCAGAGGACAUCGCCUUACUGCUCUCCCGCUCCCGCAACGUCACUUAUCUGCCCUCGGGACAGGGCACAUUGCUCCAGCUGCCCCAGUGAUAACAUCUCACAUCAUGUCUACCCCACUCUUACUGUCAUCAGCUGUUUGAAGGGCCAUAGAAGGGGUGGUUGGAGGAUUCAAUAAAGGACUCCCAACUUCACACACAUUCCUCCCACUCUUUCUCUAACCAACUCUGGACUGGCCUCUGCUGAUAGCAGCAUGGUGGGAGAAAAAGUGAGAGGCCGGUAACGGAUACAAUUAUGAAGUUCACCAAUGUGUGAGGAAGUGGAGGGUAACCUAUAAAUAUAUAUAGUACUUUGUUUUGAAAAUAAUUGACAAUGCAGUAAAUUCUCUUUGCUACAUUGUGAUUCAGAGCACUGCAUGUGUGGAAAGCAACAGUGAUUGUAACAUCAAGGGAGAACUGAUUCCUUUAAAAGAUAGGAUGAGAAAUGCCAUUGCUCUGCUAUUGUUGUGCCGGAGAGUUUCAAAUUGUGUAACUACGUAUAUUCAAAUCUGUAAUGAAAGUUUCUGCUUUGGAUUCACAUGCAUAACUGACUAGAGCUUAGUCAUUCAUAUGACUUAAAUUCUCUUUGUGUGUUCUGACUUGCCAGAGGGGUUUAAUGUCUGGACUUUAUCUGCUUUCGAGCAAAUAAUUUCCUCAUGAAUAAUAUCGGCACCUUCCAAUCAACUGGGAUGUGCCGGUCAGACAGCAGAGGAGGAUCCGUCAUUCUUUACAGUCGUGGCUGUGUCUUUGGUUUGCGUGGCGAAAUGUGUAAGCCCUGUGUUUGAGAAAUGGCUCAACUUAACAAUAAAAUUGUCUUUCUACCUCCC